ACUCUGAGUCUCAGAGCCUCAACAGUUCCAAGCCCAGCGCCAAAAGCUUCCACAGAAACAGAGAAAGAGAGAGAGUGUGUGUGACAGAAUGCGAAGCAUAACGCUCUCAGAGAGCGUUCUGGGGGUGCAUUCACUGCCUUCACCAUUUCCUAAACCUCUCAAGCCAUCAUCUUCCUCAUGUUACUUGCUUCCUUUCAAAUUACGGUCCAAGAAGCUCACUUCGAAGCUUUCUUUUCCACACCCAAGUUUCGUUUCCUCGAGGUAUUCAUGUAAGUGGAAUGCGAACACCUGUGAGGAAUGGUUUCGACGUCUUUUACAAACUUCUGGAAAUUUAGAUGACCUGGAGCUACACCACCUUAAUUACGAGAAAUGCAGGGUGACCACAAACCCAAUUGACAUUGAGGAUGAUUGUGUUGCUUUAGAUAAAGCACUACCAAAGAAGAAUUUAAAAAAGAAUUGUCACAUGGAUAGAGAGAUCAUGACUCAUAAUUCAUUCUCUCAUUUUUGGAAGGCUAUUCUGCUGUUUGGAUUUCUUGCACUUCAAGGCUCUGAACCGGCUUUUGCUAUAUCUGAUCUUGCUAGUGGUUUACCAUCAAUUCCUUUUCUGGGGGACCUUGGUGAUCUUAGCACAGGUUUUGCUUCAGCAUUCUUGCUGAUCUUUUUCUCAGAACUAGGGGACAAGACCUUCUUUAUUGCGGCACUUUUAGCAGCUAGGAAUUCUGCUCCUGUUGUUUUUAUUGGGACCUUUGGUGCACUUGCGGCAAUGACCAUCAUAUCUGUUGUUCUUGGACGAACUUUUCACUACGUCGAUGAAAUCCUACCAUUCAGGUUUGGUGAGACUGAUCUACCCAUUGACGAUAUUGCUGCAGUUCUCCUUUUGGUUUAUUUUGGAGUUUCAACUUUGCGUGAUGCCACCUCAAGUGACGGUUUGAAAGCAGAAGAUGAACAAAGAGAGGCAGAGCUAGCUGUGUCCAAAUUUUCAGGAAACGGUGCUGGAAUAUUAGCUGCUGCUAGCACUGUCAUUAGCACAUUCCUCUUAGUUUUUGUUGCUGAAUGGGGAGACAAAUCAUUUUUCUCUACAAUAGCACUUGCUGCAGCCUCUUCACCCCUUGGAGUCAUCGGAGGAGCACUGGCUGGUCAUGGUGUUGCAACUUUGCUUGCUGUUUUAGGAGGUUCUUUACUGGGCACAUUCUUAUCAGAGAAGGCCAUUGCCUACACCGGAGGUGUUCUUUUUCUCGUCUUUGCUGCCGUAACGUUGGUUGAGAUAGUAACUUAAAGGGUGGGGGAGGCAGGAUUGAAAAUUGAAGAUAUUAUUUUGAGAGAUGAAAGAAGUUGCAAAAAUGCAAUGAACGUGGCACAGCCUAACCCAUCAGUAGAAGCUUUUUUAGGGAGAAUCAAAAGUCCUGAAAAAGGAUGAUUGUGGAGGCAGACAAAUCCCACUCUCUCUGCCCUACUUUUUUCAUGAGCCUUCCUUUCCACUUUGGCUCCGUACGGCUGCUGCCUCAUCUGUCUCUCAAAUGCUCCACUUUCUUCCCUUUCACUUCAUUCAUACAAAUAUCAUAAUAUAAAAU